UCUAGGAUUUAGCCAGCAAGUUCAAUGGGGCAAAGUGGCCUUGGGCGUAAAACAUGAAGCCAUGUGAGAGGGGAGAAAUCAUAAAGCUCAUUUCAUACUUCAUUAUACAUUUCAUGGUCACAUGUCUAUUAUAUAGUCCUCACCUGAGACCAAUACCUCACUGUGCCGGAAAUUGCCUAUGGUGGUGGCGGAGGUCCAAAUGCCUCCAUACAUAUAUCAAUUUGUUUAUCUUGACACCCUCUCUCACAAUCUAACAACGAUUUCCUCUAAUUCCUACACAAGGUUCUGAAUCGAGCCAACAAAUCUAUAAACCCUAAGAGACAAAAUCCAAAAUUAAAUGAUGCUGAGGAGUUGAACGGAGCUCAACCCCUAGGGGUUUGACUCCCUUAUGAAGAGGCUACAUGGAAGCAACGAGUUUAAGAAAGAAAAUAAAUUGCAAAGGAUUAAUUAACCUACAAGAGUGACUUGGUGAUGUUGCAAGCGAAGGUGACGCAAAUGAUUCAAGAAAAUAUAGAAGAUCUUCAAUCCAGUAACCACUUCGACUCUCAAGUUCUUUUAGGUUUCUGAUUUCUUCUUUCUCUUCUUCUACCCUUAGUCUGUAGGAGCUUUUGCAAAUGCUUUGUGUUGUCCUUGUUGUUCUGAACACGUAAGAGUGAGUGUGGAUAUGUUAAAGAGGAGAGAGAACUCAUAGAGAAUUGAGAAUUCAGAGAGAAUGAUUUUCAGUGAUUUUUUGUGAAAGGAAUCAUUUUUUUCAAUUGAAGAGUGAAUUGGGAAUAUAUAUACAGGAUAAUCCCUAACUUAUUCGGGCAGACUUCGGAAAUGGUAGUUGAAGGUUUGGGCAUCGUUUAUGUUAAUGGUUCACAUGAAUGAAGUUGUUAGGACUAUUAAAUAUGUUAACUCUAUAUUAGGGUUCUGCUACAAUUAGUUGGAGCUUAAAUUGGAGUGAGUUCAGUUGGUGUAGUUAGUUGGUGAAGUAGAACUCAAUGGAUGAAAAAGGUCUGUUAGGAGUUAGUGUUUGAGAUGUUAGAAAAAAUUUAUGAUAUGUUGGUGUGAGUGGGUUACUUAGGCGCUAGCACUGUCAGUAGGGUAAUUAGAUUGUUGGAAGGUUAGUUUGAUAGAUUGAAUGGUUAGAAGAAAGUUAGGAUGUGUUGAUUUGGUGAAUGGAAAUGUAAAUUGCAGGUUAUAUGCCUUUUGAGUUGAAUGUUAUGGAGUUGCAAUGCAAACUAGAUUGCUUGAAUCAUAGCAGCAGAGCACCUACAUAAUGGUAGCAAAUGAUGGAUCAAGCUUAAGUGUUCUCAUUGUUUAUAGAUUUGUAUUUUCUACUGCUUUCACUGUGCCAUUUGUUUUCUUCUUUGAAAGGAAAAGUGUGCAAAAUUUGACUGGAAAGGUGCUAUUCCAAGCUUUUCUUUGUGGAUUAUUUGGGGGAUCAUUACAACAAAACUUGUAUAUUAAAUCUUUGGCUUUGGUAUCUGCAACAUAUACUAUAACCAUGUUAAACCUCAUUCCUGCCAUUACCUAUGUCCUGGCUGUUUCUCUAAGAAUGGAGAAGCCAAAUCUUGGAACACCGGCUGGGAAAGCGAAGUUGAUGGGAACAUUAAGUGGAAUUGGUGGUGCAAUGAUCCUAACUUUAUAUGAAGGCAAAAGAUUAUUUAACUUAUCAUUGCACAUUGACUUGCUGCAAAAUGCUACAUCAACAACACAUCAUUCCCCUGCUGGUUCUCAUGUUUGGGGACUCAUGCUAGCUUUAGGCACUGCUCUCAGUUUCUCAUUAUGGUUUAUAACACAGUCGAAGAUGAGUCAGAAUUUUCCGUGGCAUUAUUCAAUUGUGGCGUUAACCUCUAUAAUGGGUGCAAUUCAAUCUUUUAUAUAUGCUAUUUGUACUGAGAGAGAUUGGAGCCAGUGGAAGCUUGAUUGGAAUUUGAGACUUUUGACAGCAGCUUCCGCGGGUAUAUUGGCCUCUGGAGUGUGUUUUGUUCUGUUGGCUUGGUGUGUGGGCAUGAAAGGACCCUUGUAUGUGUCUGCUUUUAACCCUCUAAUGCUUGUUCUUGUGGCCUUCAUUUCUUCGUUCGUAUUGAACGAGUACAUUACAGUCGGAAGUCUAACAGGAGCCGCGUUGAUUGUUUGCGGAUUAUACAUGUUAUUAUGGGGUAAGAGCAAAGAAGCGAGAAAAAUGGAUAAUAUGAAUGGAAUAGCUUCUGAAAAUGUA